GAGAAUUACUCCGAAAAUUAUGGUCAUAAUUAUGCCGAAAAUUUGCAUGGAAAAAAUAUUGAAGAUUGUCUCUACAACCUGUAUGACACCAGCAAACAAAAUUUCCGAGUAAUUCAUAUGAUACGCCUGCGCAUUAGAGUAAUAUUUUGGAAUGGACAUAACCUUAACGGGUGUGACAUCCAAUAUAAUCGGAAAGACAACAGACGUCGUUGAUUUAUAUUUAUGAAAUCGAGAUCUUGGUUAAUAUUAUAAAAAAUGAAUUUGAGUCAAUCUGAUUUACUCUUAACUGCUGCAGUGACUUGUUGUGUCUUAAUAUACCAGUUAACCAAAAACAAAUUAGGUAGUAGAAAAAGAUCUCAGUGGACAAAAAAGUGGCUGCAGAGAAAAAAGGGUAGAGGUACUUUAGCUCUUUUAAACAGGGAGCUACGAGUAGAGGAUACGAAUGCUUAUAGAAAUUUUCUUCGCCUUGAUGAUACUCAAUUUGAUUACCUGUUAGCAUUGGUCGAACCUCAUAUAAAAAAGGAAGACACUUUCAUGAGAGAAAGCAUAAGUGCCCAACACAGAACACAGGUAGUAAGAUAGCAAUAAUUAUUUGUUUUUGUUUAUUAUACAACACAUUCAUAAAGCCUGUAUAGUUUUGAUUUGGCAUCAUAUAAAUUUGGACAAUUGAAUUUACUUUUGACCUAUGUAUAUAUAGCUAAUGGGACUUAUUGUUUUUAGGCUUGAUGUCACAUUGCGUUUCUUGGCUACUGGUGAAACAUAUAGAAGUCUCAUGUACAGCACAAGAAUUCAUGAGAGCACAAUUUCUAAAAUUGUUCCAGAAACAUGCUUAGCAUUAUGUAGAUGUUUGAAAGAUGUUUAUUUGAAGAAUCCAACUACAGAUGAUUGGUUGAAAGUUGCUGCAGAUUUCCAAAGCAAGUGGAAUUUUCCAAAUUGUCUUGGAGCAUUAGAUGGCCGUCACAUAGCUUUUAGCCCACCUACAUCUGCUGGAUCAUAUUACCACAAUUACAAAGGCACAGACAGUAUGGUUUUACUAGCUUUAGUAGAUGCCAAUUACAAAUUUAUCUAUGUGAAUAUUGGUGUUAAUGGCCGAAUUAGUGAUGGGGGGGUCUUCAGUGCUUGUGGACUUUAUAAAAGAAUGCAAAACAAGACACUUAAUCUGCCACCAGACAGAGCUCUUCCUGGUAGGACAAAUAAAGUGCCUUAUGUUUUUAUAGCUGAUGAAGCAUUCCCAUUAUCUAAUCAUUUGAUGAAACCCUUCCCACAACGUUCAUUGACAUAUGAUAAUAGAAUUUACAAUUACCGUCUGUCAAGAGCUAGACGAAUGGUGGAGUGUGGCUUUGGAAUACUAGCAAACAGAUGGAGAGUUCUAUUACAAAAAAUACACUUGGGACCAGAAAAAGUUGAACUCAUAACAUUAACCUGUGUACUUUUACAUAACUUUUUAGUUAAAGAGAAUGCUAUGUACACUACUGAAGGCACGUAUGACAUUGAUCCAUCCCAACUGUUACCUCAAAUUUCACAGCAGAUUGGGAAUCGAUCAGGAAAUUCUGCGAGAUCAAUCAGAGAAGAAUUUAGGGAUUAUUUCAAUUCAACAUCUGGAUCUGUGCCAUGGCAAGACACAGCUUUACAAAGGAACAUUUCAUGAAAUAUUGAGUCAAAUAAUUAUUUCUAUUAUUGUACCGUAUUGUAUACAGAAAUAAAAUAAUG